GUCCUUUUCCUCUUAAUCAACAAGAAACUGUGCUUCGAAAAGAUCGGUGGACUCCCAUGCUUGGAACAACCAGGGAGACGAAAACACUACAAAGAGAGGUCGGGGGUUCAUGAGGGCCUGGCUCACAGAAUUGUAAGUGUGGCAUGCUGGCAAAACUGAACAACUGAUCAUCAGAUACAGGUCAUGGUAUAAGCAUGGCUUCUCAGAAUGCUCAGAGUUUCCUCCAGCCACUCUCCUCCUGGAUGUCCCGGAUGUAUGAAGCUGUCCAACAAGCAGGAGACUCCUUAUCUUCUUCGUUGGUCAACUUGAGCAGAGUGGACCACAAGUCGGAGGAAGAUGAAAACCAGGACUUAGAAGACAGUGAUGGCAGUUAUAAGGACUACUCUGAAGAUUCAGAAGAUGAAGGAAGCUUUAGCCAGAACAUGAAAGGUGCUGAGCAUGUGCAUCUUGAAGACGGUCACUUUCCAUCAACAAGUCAUGAUCUUGAUUCCCAGGCACCUGCCGGUGGCUCCAACAUGAGUCUGCAAUGGCAAAAAAGAGUGAGAAGUGGCACCAGCUCCUCGGAGCAACGUCCAGACGACACCAGCUCUCUGUCAUCCCAGGGAUUUUACCAAGAAUAUGACGGCCACCAGCUGCUAGGUAUGCUUCCUGCCAUACCCGAGGAGGAAGGCUACCUCAACAGGCAGAUAAGGGAUCUUCAGCAUGACCUUGAUGUGGCUGGCUCAUUAGAAAAUAUUAAUGGAAAGGCAUGUGUGGAAGUGAACAGUUAUGGGGAGGAUGAAGAGCUAACCACAUCUUCAGAUAGCGACGACGAGGUGAUUAAACAGUUUGCGAUCUCUGUGUCGCGCUCGCAGAGUUUUCGAUCGGGGGUGUCUGAAAAGGCAACACAGGCAGGUUCAGAACGUAAACCUAAAUUCAACCGCUUGCUGUCCAACCAUGAGGAGUACAGUACCGAGGCAUCUGAAUGCGAAGAACUGGAUGGGCUAAGCCAACUGAGUUUCCAAGACAACCUGUCCUAUCAUGAAGAUGACCACAUAUCUGUUGAUUCAAGAACUACCUCUGAGAGUAGGAGUACCAUGCAAGCCAAAGGCCCUGGAAUGGAGGCUAGCAGUGCCCAUAGCCUUAGCCAACAAGCCACAGAAGGGAGCUUGCAAAUGGAGACGGCGUUCAGCAACCAGGGAUUUGAAGGAAAUGACGCAACUGACAGCUCAUCCGCUUGGAGCCCUGAGGAACAUGAUGGAGGGAAUAAUCUUGCAGCUCAUCACAGUGCCCAUGAACCCAUUUCUAAAUGUGGUGACCUAGACAUCCUCCUCGAUUAUAAGGCCUCGAGCCAAAAGCUGCUGGUAACUAUCCUGGAAGCUAAGGAUAUCCCAGACAAAGAUCGCAGUGGUGUGAACACCUGGCAAGUUCACACAGUCCUGAUGCCCAGCAAGAAACAGAGGGGAAAGUCGAGCAUUCAGAAAGGACCCAUCCCAGUGUUCAAAGACAAAAUGACCUUUAAUAAGCUGGAGCCAGAGAAGCUGAGUAGCUACGCACUCAGGUUCCGUCUCUAUGCAGUGCACAAAAUGAUCCGGGAACAGAUGAUGGGGGAGCAACUGUUUUAUCUGAGGAGCCUAAACCAGGAGGGGGAAGUGAAGGUGACACUGGUUUUGGAGCCAAGGAGCGAUAUGAGUAGUGGAGACUCGCAGCUCAGUCUGUCGGCCAUCUCGCACAGCGAUAGCGCUUCUUCAACACAGUCCCUGUCGCACGGAGGUGUACCAGAGCUGCUGGUGGGACUGUCGUACAAUGCGACUACCGGACGGUUGUCAGUAGAGAUGAUCAAAGGCAGCCAUUUCCGCAACCUUGCUAUUAACAGGCCGCCCGACACCUACGGAAAACUCUGCCUCCUCAACUCCAUGGGCCAGGAGAUGUCUCGUUGCAAGACAUCCAUCCGUCGAGGCCAACCAAACCCCAUCUACAAGGAGACGUUCGUCUUCCAAGUUGCCCUGUUCCAGCUUUCUGACGUCACGCUGAUGAUCUCCAUAUACAACCGGCGCAGCAUGAAGCGCAAGGAGAUGAUUGGCUGGAUUUCUAUGGGUCAGAACAGCAGCGGAGAAGAAGAGCAAAACCACUGGCAAGAAAUGAAAGAAACAAAAGGGCAGCAGGUCUGCAGGUGGCAUAACUUACUGGAAUCCUAGUGGUCUCUGAGCUCCUGGGACUGCCCACUGGACCCUCCCAUGAUCACCUCCCUGAAAGCAGCCAUCCCAUAGCAAACAUUAUGAACCAGCCAGGUCUAUUUUAACUGAAAUUUUAAAACUCAGCGCACUCAGUGAAUGUAGGUGCUGGGGCCUGGUGAGCAAAUUUACCUGUUGCCUUUGAGGGUUUUCGUACAUUUUCUCACCCAAACGAUCACCAGAAGGGAAGUGGUUAUGAAAAACACAAAGCUACUUUUACCCUCUUGCCGUCAAUGCCUCAUUGAUCUAAAUUGCUUUUGAUGCUAUUUUCUUCUGGUGUCAUGUCUUUCUCCCACCUCCAUUCCUGUUAUUGAUGUAUGCAAAUGUUCUUGAUACACAGAUGACGUCAUUAGUCUAGCACUGCAUGCCACUCGCUCUUCCGUUUACUACAGUGUUUCUAAAUCCUAGAGAUAAACAUUUGAUACCACUUAAGACUGAUUAAUAUAUUUUCAGGUAGCAUGGGGAAGCACUAAAGAUUUCUCUGUAAACUGUUAAGUGCCUAGAGAUUGCCAUUACUUUCUUGUAUUAGCGAUGAUCUUAUUUACUAGUAUUUGAAGUAAGCAUGUUUCCUUUCUUGUGCAACCUAUACCCCCAGAUGUCUGUAUGAGGUGAUGGGUGUCAGUUUAACAUAGUAGUUAUAUAAUGCAUGUUUAGAUGCCUCCCUGUUUUUUUUAGCUCAUGGCUUCUAUUUUUGUGAAAACAAAACAACAACAAAAGAGAGAGAGACACCAAAACAAGCUGCACAUCUGCCUUUGUGCCUAAACUAUGAUUAUUCUAGAUCAUUGUUCACUCUUCUUAUUUUUUUUCUUAAUGUGAGGUUCGCUUGGAAGAGCGAUUCUGUGCGUAGUGGGGUUUUGUGUUUAUUAUCUUUCAAUGACUGUGUCAAAUCGGCUCCAAGUAAAAAUGCUUUUUCAAGCAUCCUGUAAAAUAUUCUAGGGAUCUGAAAGUCAAGGUGAAUUCUUAACUUCUCUGACAUCGCGAGGAGGGAUCUGCAGGCCCCAUGGUGCUAUCACUUCCCCUUGUGCGAACCCGCCUCAAGCAGUGAUGUCGAUGCACAAGAAGGAAUAGAAUCCCACUUGCUCUUUUAGAGGUGUUGGCCCUGGAGGGCUAACAGAAGUGAAAAGUAUGAGAGUUCACACCUGUAUCUGCAUACCCACAAAGGGCAGAUCUGCUGACGAAGGGGAGGUGAUUUUUCCGUAGUCGUUCUUCAGAGCGUAGCGACACUUUCAGUUUUAAUCUUUUUCCUGCCUUCGAAGUGAGUUAAAGCCAGGGCAGGCAGUAGAUAGGGGAAGAAGGCUAAUUUUGUUUCUUGAUUAUUGAUGGAUCCAGUGCUAGCUGUUGCCGAGUAAUAGGAGCCAGGAUCCUAGUGCACAGAGCCAUGCAACGAUUGUACUGGUCUUACCAGAUGAAGAUAGGUGCGAGAUCCCUAAAUAAUUUCAAGUAACACCUAUUGCACAGUCUCCAACUUAAACCCUUCAGCUGGCGUCUCUCCAUUCCUAUUGACCAUAGUGAAGCACAAAAAUACUCGGCUGCAAAAGGCUUUCAGAUUUGAUUCAUAGUUUCUCUUUUUCUUUGUUUCCCCCACUUAUAGAGAAUUAGGGCCAAAUUCUGCUCUGUGGCACCACUUCGAGUUUCACUGGCUUCACUGGGGCUAUUCAGGGCCUAACAUAAGCCUCAGCCUUGGGCUGCAUCUGAGCUAUGGUCAUUGCAUCUCAGGUAAUGGUGGGAGGACAGCUGGCUGGGGUCAGCGCUGUCCCCACAAGGCCAGUCCAGCAGAUGGGAAUUGCCAGCAUGAGGGCCAAACAGUCUUUCCUCUGGCUGUGCUUCUGUUCUGCUAUAUUAGCUCCUUUGCACCUGGAGAUUCUCCCUUGUGGGAGGAAUAUCCUCCGCUCCCUAGUUAAGCUGGCAUUACAGCUGCUGUCCAGUGCACCACUGGAGCAGCACAAAGCAGCCAGAGCUGGAUCUGUCCCAUGUAAUCUAGCAAACAAAUUCCUUUUUGGCUGCAAUGCUAAUGCUAUUGAAUCACUGACUGAAAGGAAAAAGGAGUUCAGCUGAGCAGUUAAGUGAUAAAUCCUGCAGUCUGCGGCUUAUUACAUGUUUCUAAUGUACUUCUCUUCAGGAUAAAAGCACAGUAAAUGGCCCUGCUUAAUGGCAGUAGUUACUGUGUUUAGGUAUGUUUUGUAAUUUUUGCAUCAUUUUUCUCUGACCUGCACAAAAUGUACAUACUAGUGUUUUUUUAAUAACUGUUCUAUGUGCGAUGUGUGAAUAAUACUGAACUUAUAGCAUUUUGCUUAUUAACCUACUGCACAUGCAAAAUGCGAUAUGUGAUUAUAUAAUUCUAAAGGGCGAUUAAAUAUUGAUACAAAGUUUCAGCCACUAGUGGAGAUACACAUGAUUAUAUAUCUGUGGUGUUUUUAAACUCCAUUCGCACGCAGCCUUGGAAAAGAUGAUUUUUCAGAGGAAUGAAGAUAACUGGUUUGGGACUUCCGCAACAUUUCACACCAAGAUCCAUUUUGAAGUUACAUUAUAAAGGGAAACUGAUUUUAAAAUAUAUAUACACUAUAGAAAAGAGUUGGCCACAGUACAGCAAAAUAUGUAAUUUAAUCAAAACGAUUAAUUUUUCAUACUUGGCUAAGGUAUUUGGGGUUAGGCAUAGUUUUUUUGUAACAAUUGUUAUGGCAGUGAUUUUUCGUGGUACCUUCCAAGGAAAAUUGCUCAACGGUUAAAUGGGUGCCAAGAAUUAUUUAAACCCUGUUAAUCAAUAGAAUGGUUCAGUCCAGAGCAUCACGUUUUUGUGGUUCAUCUAGUUUCUGCUGAAAUGUGGAGAAAUUUUAGUAGCAUUGGAGCAGACUUCCCUGUCAGUGCUUCCUCUGACAGGUUUAUGUUCUUUUUUUGUUGCACUACUAUUAAUGACUUGCUUCUCUAAUUUUUCUGUUGAGAUUAAGCUGAUUAUUCAGCAGCAGCAUGUUCCCACCUGAGCCAAUGUCCCCUGUCCUACCUGGCUCUUUGCAGAGAUGUCUUGGAUUCGGUUAUUACUCGUAUUGAUGAAGUUGACCUUGUGCUCACAUUCUGUAUUGUGCAAAGCUGACUUCAAUUUGUCAUUUCUCUAACCUCUUUCCCCCCACAAAAGUGGCUGAGGAGGUUGGUAGAUGAGUCUUUGGAAAUGCUUCCAUUUCUUGACACCACCUUUUGAUGCAUUUUAUUCGGAUGUCUGCUCAGCACUUAGCUCAGAAAUGGCAAUGACUGUAGGCCUGUACUUCUGUGCUCUCCAUUCCUGGGGGGAUAGAGGAUCCUGUGAUGCAGAGAGAGGAAGAGAGAUACCAAUCCUUGAUCCCACAGGACCCCAGGGCAGGGCUUGGCUAGGGCUGCAGAACACCCAGUGAAGUGCAGCAAAUGGUGGGCCAAGGUUGAGUUGCUAUAGUGUCAGUUCACAGUGACUUCCCCUUAUGCUCUCGUUUUUCAAUAAUCUGUCCCCCAUUUAGCCCUGUUGACCAGACUCUUUGUAUUCUUAAAAGGGGAGGAACUAAUUGCACCACUCGAGCCAAGCAUGCUGUGGGUAGGUUCUCUGAAAACAUCACUUGAUCUCUACCAGUCCACCUCUCCCGGUUGUGACCUCUUCCUUUCUGGGGUCUCUCCUCAGCAGAAACUGCCCGUCAUGGUAGAAUCUCUGCUUUGUUUUUGUUUUGUUUUUUUAUGUGCACCAGUGACAAAUCGGGUGAGCCACCAAAUGUAUUUUCUCUUAUAGUAAUGCUGAAUUUUAAUUGAGAUCCCCAGAGAUGAGUCUGAGGGCUUGUCUUCAUAUGAAAGCUAAUCUGAAUAAGGUAGUGUGUGAAUAUAAAGAGAAUUAACUACUCGGAUAAACUCCUUGCAUGGAUACUCUUAUUCUAGAAUAAGAGUGCCUUAUUCUGAACUAUAGUGUAAUCCAGUGCGUUAAAAUAAUACAGAAUAAAGCAUUCUUAUUCUAGAAUAAACUCCAUGUGCAGACGUUCUUAUCCAGAAUAACUCUACUUAUAGACAGGUUUCAGAGUGGUAGCUGUGUUGGUCUGUAUCAGCAAAAACAACUAGGCGUCCUAAUAAAUUUGUUAGUCUCUAAAGUGCCACAAGGACUCCUCGUUGUUUCUACUUAUAGAGAAGCCCUAAUCUGUUAAUGAACUGGACCCCAGAGCUGCCUAUUUGCAAAGGUUUUGUCUGGAUGGUCUCACACUCUCUUAGAUUGUUUUAGAUUUUUUCCAUCAAUGCCUUAAUUACUUUCGGCAGUUAUUUCUCUACCUUGGCCUGUGUUACCCCGGGAUUCUGUUGUGCUACAGCUUUGUUCCUGUAAUGCUCUGAGUUUCCUCUGUUUUCCUUGGGGGCUA